GCAACGUCAUCAUGUUGCGCAUCACACAAUGACGCGUCGCGAGUGCGACAAUUAGCAUGUCCAUCAUGGAGUUAGAGCAAAGUUGUCCAGUUUUAAGAGAGUAUGGAAGUGAACAGAGUUUAUUAUCCAGACCUGACGGAUCAUCCACUUUUGUUCAAGGGGAUAGUAGUAUUCUGGCUGGAGUUUAUGGACCAGCUGAGGUUAAAGUGAGCAAGGAAAUCUAUGACCGAGCUACUGUGGAGGUUCUUAUCCAGCCCAAAAUAGGGCUUCCAAGUGUUCGAGAGCGUGCAAGAGAGCAGUGUGUUCGAGAGGCAUGCGAGGCAGCUCUUCUGUUGACUCUUCAUCCCCGCUCUUCUCUUACUCUGAUCCUGCAGGUUAUCUGUGAUGAUGGUUCUCUGUUAUCAUGCUGUCUGAAUGCUGCCUGUAUGGCUCUCAUGGAUGCCGGGCUGCCCAUGAGCUAUCUUUUUUGUGGUGUGACGUGUGCCAUUACCAAAGAGGAGGGUCAGAUAAUCACUGAUCCAACGGCUAGACAGGAGAAGGAAAGUCGAGCAUUGUUAACAUUUGCAAUUGAUAGCGUGGAACGCAAUGUUUUGAUGUCAUCAACAACAGGCUCUUUCUCAGUCAAAGAGCUGCAGCAGUGCAUAGCCAUCAGUCAAAAGGCAUCUGAACAAAUCUUCCAGUUUUAUAGAGACUCUGUUAAACGGCGAUACUCAAAGAUAAAAUAAAACAAGCUUAUUAUAUU